AAACAUGUGUCUUUAAACUGGAUAGUGUCAGUGUAAGAGCAUUGGGAGGCUUUUUUUUCUUAUUGGGUAUGGCUGGAAACUCCCCCAGGCUGCAGAGUUUAAACGGCCCUGGGGAACAUGCCUAUGAUGGGUGGAGUCUGAGUUAAGGUCAGAAGUGUCUUUCAGGGAACCAGGAGCUCAGAAAAAUGUCGGGGAAGCCCAGGCUUACCUACUUGAAUGGAAGGGGCCGGAUGGAGUCCAUACGAUGGUUGUUGGGAGCAGCUGGUGUGGAGUUUGAAGAAGUUUAUUUGGAAACAAAAGAGCAGUAUGAAAAGUUAAUCAAAGAUGGAUUCCUGCUCUUCCAGCAAGUGCCCCUGGUUGAGAUCGAUGGGAUGAAGAUGGUGCAGACCAGAGCCAUCAUGAGCUACAUAGCAGGGAAAUACAAUCUCUAUGGGAAAGACUUGAAGGAGAGAGCCCUGAUUGACAUGUAUGUGGAGGGACUAUCAGAUCUGAUGCAAAUGAUUUUGAUGUUUCCUUUCUCUCCACCUGAUGCAAAGGAGAAAAAUCUUGAGUCAAUUAAGGAGAGAGCAACUAACAGGUACUUUCCAGUCUUUGAAAAGGUUUUGAAACAACAUGGCCAAGACUUUCUUGUGGGCAACAAAUUCAGCUGGGCAGAUGUUCAGCUAAUGGAAGCCAUUUUAGCAGUGGAGGAGAAAGUUCCUGACGUGCUCUCAGGGUUUCCUCAGUUGCAGAUACCAGGGAAUCAGGCACGUGGAAACAUGUCUGGAAAACCCAAGCUGCACUACUUCAAUGGACGUGGCCGCAUGGAACCAAUUCGGUGGCUCCUGGCCGCAGCUGGGGUUGAGUUUGAAGAAUCUUACCUGGAAAAAAAGGAGGAUCUGACAAAGUUACAGAAGGAUGGAUCCCUGCUCUUUCAGCAAGUGCCGAUGGUAGAGAUCGAUGGGAUGAAGCUGGUGCAGACCAGAGCCAUUGCCAACUACAUAUCAACGAAGUACAACCUCUAUGGGAAGGACAUGAAGGAGAGAGCCCUAAUCGACAUGUACGUGGAAGGAAUGUUCGAUCUGAAUGAGUUACUCAUGACAUAUGGCUACCUAGCAGCAGACAAAAAGGAGGAAUAUUUUGCAAACAUGAUGGAGAAGGCUGAAAACAGAUACUUCCCAGCCUUUGAGAAGGUUUUGAAGGACCAUGGAAAAGACUUUCUGGUUGGCAACCAGCUGAGCAGAGCAGAUGUUCAAUUACUUGAAAUUAUUUUAAUGGCAGAGGAGUGGAAGCCUGAUACACUUGCUAAAUUUCCUCUCUUACAGAGUUUCAAAGCAAGACUAAGCAAUAUCCCCACAAUAAAGAAAUUCCUGCAGCCUGGCAGCCAGAGGAAGCCGCUUAUACGACCGGAAGAAGUACCCAAAAUUAUCAGCAUUUUCUACUGAGUCUAAAGCUGCAGAAACUAUUUCAUUGUGUUUGCUGACAGUGGGACAAUAAUGAAAACACUGAAAAACAAGUUUUUUGAUCCUUCCAGCAACGGAAAUAAUUCACUUAAUAGGGGGUAUAUUGGACAACACAGAUUGCGUUAAUUAACUAAAGAGAAUACCUGAAAUAAAUUCUUACUAUUGA